GUUUUUAACCCGGAUGUGAAAGUGUAGUGUGUGUGAUGAAGUGAUGGAAGAUGAAACUUCUCAAACCAUUGUGGGUUACAGACGAAGGCAAGCCUUUCUUCUCUAUCGACGUUCAUCCUGAUGGAACACGGUUUGCGACUGGAGGCCAAAGCGACGACGCAGGAAAGGUUGUUGUGUGGAACAUGGUGCCGAUACGAAGCGAAGAAGACGAAAUGAACGAUCAAGUGCCGAAGAUACUCUGCUGCAUGACCAAUCAUUUGGGUUGCGUCAACUGUGUGAGAUGGUCGCACGACGGCUCUUGUCUGGCGUCGGGCGGAGACGACAAUCUCAUUAUGAUAUGGCAGUUAAGAUCUCAGGGUCCGAGUCUUGCUGGACCCGAAUUGUGGUCAUGUGCACACAUUCUCCGCUCUCAUUCUGGCGAUGUUGUCGACUUGGCUUGGUCGUCUGAUAGCUCGCAACUUGCAUCGUGCAGCGUGGACAACACGAUUAUUGUCUGGAAUGCCGCGAAUUUACCAAAUACUAUUGCUACUUUGCGUGGUCACGAUGGGUUGGUGAAGGGCGUGACGUGGGAUCCGGUGGGGAAGUAUCUUGCAUCACAGUCUGAUGAUAAGACGUUGAGGGUGUGGAGGACAUCGGAUUGGAAGCAGGAAGCUGUUGUGAAGGGACCGUUUGAAGGGUGUGGUGGUACUACUCAUGCCUUGCGUCUCAGUUGGUCUCCUGAUGGACAAACAUUAGUGUCAGCUCAUGCUCUCAAUAAUCAAGGCCCGGUGGCCAAAAUUAUAUCUCGUGAUGGUUGGACGUGCAACAGUGACUUUGUUGGUCACAGAAAGGCUGUAGAAGUUGUGAGAUUUAAUCCUCAGAUGUUGACGAAGAAUGGAAGUUCGGAGAUGUAUUCGUGUUGUGCGGUUGGCAGUCGUGACCGUUCGCUCUCAGUUUGGCUAACAAGCCUGAAGAGACCUCUUGUUGUUACUCAUGAUUUAUUUAACGAAUCAGUUGUUGAUAUAUCUUGGAGCUCGACUGGAUAUGAGCUGAUGUUGUGCUCAUUGGAUGGGACGGUGAUAUAUAUUGAAUUCAAUGAGAAGGAACUUGGGAAACCAGUUUCAGAUCAUAGGAAGGAUCAGUGGUUUGUCGAUCAUUACGGUCGUUCUAUUGGACAGAGCAGGGAAUCACAGAAGCUGAUUGAGGAUCCUUCGUUGCUCAGUUUGCAAGAGCAGAAAUCGUUAACGAAGCCGACGAAAUGUUUACCACCCAAACUGCCACCUCCAGUGAACAACGAGCAGAGCUCAAAACAAACUCUGACGGCUCCACUUCCACCGUCUGUCAAAGGCCUCAUAUCAACAUCAUCAUCAUUAGCAAACAGUCCAGUGAAAGACAAACAGAAAGAGACUGUGACGAAGGACGGUCGGAGGAGAAUUACUCCUUUCUCUAUCAGUUUGCAGACAAGUGACUUUGUACCCACUUCAUUUGGAUCUGCAGCACCUACAGCACCUACACACGGUCAGACUCAAAGUCGAAGUCAGUCUUCAUCUCAAGUAGACACUUCGCCAUCUAAAGAGAAAGUCAUCAUCACAUCAACCACGCCCACGGCAUUACAAGUCACGUCUACGCCUCCUCGUUCAGAAAAGGCUCGAUCUACUGACACUUCUCCGGCUUCAUCGAAGGUAGGAACUAAACGAAAGAAAGAUGAGACGGGGCCGACAUUGAAGAAGCCAAGAAAGGAGCAAACAGGUGCAGUAUCUGUGCCAGUUGUGUCAACAGGUGCAAACGUUUCUUCAGGAAGAGACGAUGCUCUCUCACUGUCUGUUGCGCCAUCACCAGUCAUUACUCUUCCACAGCCAGAUGCACAAGCACAGAGGACGUUGCAGGUUGUUCACGCUGUUGGGAAAGAUGAACUCAAUGUUACUCUUGAAAUCUCAAACUCAUCUAUUCCUGGACGAGCCCACAAAGUGUUGUGUCGACAUGGCAGUGAAGUACGGUGGGAAACAUGCCUGAACAGCAAGGGAAUUGCAAUAGCUGGCAGCAGAAACAUUGCUGCUUUUGCGUGUGAAAAUCGAACUGUUCACGUUUUCUCUUGUUGCGGCCGAAGGUUAUUACCCGGUCUCGUGCUGUCGUCACCCAUCUCUGUAUUGCAAUGCAACAAAAUGUAUCUCAUGGCCAUAACGACAGUCGGCAAUGUGUUUGUCUGGGACAUGAAGUGUUUUGAAGUUGUGGUGAGACAGCAGUCUCUGUUGCCGCUGAUUAGAGGGGUGAAAGUCAGUAUUACAAAGAUUCAGUUGACAGGUGAUGGUCUUCCCAUCAUUUCAUUGUCUACACAGUGCAGCUACACGUUUAAUACGAAACUUGGAGUUUGGAUGUUAAUUGAUGACCGGAACGACAUGAUCCAGCUGUCAGCUAAUCUACAAACACAGAAUCCUCACGGCAUCCAAGGCUUAUUAGCUUCACUGCAAGGAAAUCAUGUCGGCAGAAGUGCAGUCGGUCACUUGCCAAGACUUUAUGCAAGGGAUGCCAGUCAGCAGCGAUUGGCAACCGUUGCAUAUCUUGAGAACCAGGUGGCAGCCGCGCUGGCAUGUCAAUCACCCGACGAGUAUCAUCACUGGCUUCUCUCUUACGUAAAAUGUCUCACAAGUCAAGGCCUAGAGUCACAUCUACGAGAAUUGUGUUUGGAGCUGAUUGGACCUCCAGGGCAGUCUGCUAGGAGGUUGACGUCGUUGCCAGGGUGGGAGCCUCUUGUACUGGGUUUGAGUAAACGCAGUCUGGUGAAUGAGAUGCUACCAGUCGUGGCUGCCAACAACAAUCUGCACAGACUAGUGAGUGAGAUGCAAGAGCUCUUAAAUUAGAUCUAUGAAAUACUCGGACACACAAUGCCACGAACUAUGUACGUACAUAAUUAAUUAAUACCACUACAAACCGUUUCUCUUAAACUAGAUGUUUCCUUGAGUGAAAUCAAUAUAUUGAUAUCAAUGUUUGACCAG